AUGAAAAAGGAAGACCCAUGUGUGCAGAACAAAAACUUUAUACGCAUCGAAUUCCGCCCUGGAGUAGGGGGAGAAGAAGCGCUGCUGUGGUCACGGGAGCUAUUAAAUACGUACAAAACAUUUGCGGAGAGGAUAAAUUGCCGCGCCGAACGAGUCCAUGACGCCAGCGAGUCCCUCGUUGUCACAUCCCCCUCCGACGUGUGCAUAACCAAGGAGGAGCAGGAAAUCAAAGCAAGCCUCUAUGAUCUCUUCAAAAAUGAGAGCGGGAUCCACCAAGUGAAGAGGGUUCCUCGGAAUGAGUCCAAGGGCAAAAUCCACUCGUCCACGGCAACGAUUGCAGUUUUCCUGCACCAAGACGAACACAGGAAAGAUGAAGUCAAUUUAAAGGACUUGAAGAUCACGACCUUCCGGUCGAGCAAGCCAGGCGGGCAAAACGUUAACAAGAUUGAAUCAGGUGUGUCCAUCCUGCACAAGCCAACAGGGAUUAAGACUGAAUGUCAAGAGGAAAGGACUCAAGAAAUGAACAAAAAAAUUGCCAUGAAAAGGUUAACUCAGAAAAUAUUCCAACUUCGGCAUAAGGAAAGUGAGGAAGAGAUCCGGAGUGAACGAGCCAAAUUGAUAAAAGACAGUAACCGGAGCAAUCGCAUCAGGACGUACAACUUCUUCAGGGGGUAUAUAACUGACCAUGUGACGAAACGGAAGUUUGACUUGAUGUACUUCGUAAAGGUGAAGUUGGAGUUUUUACUCAAUGUGGAUCGGUAG